GGAUUUUACCGAUAAAUCAAAUUAAAAGCAGGACUGCAGCAGGCAGACUGCUCCGUUUUUCAACGCCUCUGCCGCAGCGGGUAGCGAAAAAGAUCGAAGGAAACAUUGGAAAGAAUGGCGUCCGAGGAGCUAAGCAACAAGCGGAUCCUUCUUAAGAGCUACGUGACGGGCUUCCCGUCUGAGGACGACAUGAUCCUGACCUCCGCCACCGUGCCGGCCAAGCUCCCCCCGGGAUCCACCGCCCUGCUGCUCAAGAACCUCUUUCUCUCCUGCGAUCCUUACAUGCGCAGCCGCAUGUCCAAGCCCGUCGCCACUAGCUACAGAGCCUCCUACGAGCCUGGAUCGGUAAUUGUUGGUUACGGUGUAUCCAAAGUCAUUGACUCUGGCAAUCCAGAUUUCAAGGUUGGAGACUUGGUGUGGGGAAUUACUGGGUGGGAAGAAUACACUGUCGUAGAAUCACCACAGGGGUUAUCUAAAAUAAAAUAUACCGACAUACCACUUUCUUAUUACACAGGAAUUCUAGGAAUGCCUGGCCUUACUGCUUAUGUUGGUUUUAAUCACAUAUGCUCUCCGAAGACAGGAGAAACAGUAUAUGUAUCGGCAGCAUCUGGAGCUGUCGGUCAACUUGUUGGUCAAUUUGCGAAGUUGUUGGGUUGCUAUGUAGUAGGGAGUGCUGGUAGCAAAGAGAAGGUUGAUCUCUUGAAAAAUAAAUUAGGCUUUGAUGAUGCCUUCAACUACAAGGAGGAGAAAGAUCUUGAUGCUGCCUUAAAAAGGUGCUUUCCUGAUGGAAUAGACAUCUACUUUGAAAACGUUGGUGGCAAAAUGCUUGAUGCUGUGUUGUUAAACAUGAAAGUUUAUGGCCGCAUUGCUGUUUGUGGCCUGAUAUCUCAGUACAAUCUCACACAAAAAGAAGGUAUAUAUAACAUAAUGGCUAUCUUGCAAAAGCGUCUCCGCAUACAAGGAUUCAUUGAGCCAGAUCACAAGCAUUUGUAUCCUGAGUUCUUGGAGACUAUCAUUGGAUACAUCAGGGAAGGAAAGGUGACUUAUGUGGAGGACAUUGUUGAGGGCAUAGAGAAAGCUCCAUUGGCCCUGGUUGGACUCUUCACUGGUCAGAAUGUCGGCAAGCAGGUUGUUCUUGUUGCACACGAAUAAGAUGCAUGGAAUGUUCUUAACGAGGACCAAGGGUGGGUGCCUUGUUGCAUCAAAAAUGUAAUUACAUUGUGUCUUGCAUAGGCCGCUUAUCUGGUUAAUAGACGUCAUCAUCUUAAUGUUGAGACAGAGUAUCUCGCUUGCUAUACGAUCGGUCAAACUAUUUUGCUCUCUUCCGCAAUGUAAAUCAUGUUACUUGACACUCCAUCGAUAAAAGUUUUGAAUCCUUCGCAGUUUUGUUUA